UACAAACAGACAACAACCACUUCGGUCUACAGGUAAUUAUGAUCAUUUCAAAAAGUGAACAAGGAAUAAUAUAGAAAUCCUAAUCUCAUGUCAUCAUCCUCAGGAAGUGAGCGUGUGAGGAUGAGAAAAUACAGAUCAGUUACAGUGUGUUUGGUGCUGCUGUGUGUUCUUCUACUGACUGCAGUCAUAGUGCUGUGUGUCCUCAUCAAUACAAACAAUCAACAGUUUAACAUCAAGAACCAAAACCUCACAGAAGAAAGAAACCAGCUACUAACUAAAUAUACCAACAUCACAGAAGAGAGAGACCAGCUACUAACCAAAUAUACCAACAUCACAGAAGAGAGAGACCAGCUACUAACCAAAUAUACCAACAUCACAGAAGAGAGAGACCAGCUACUAACCAAAUAUACCAACAUCACAAAAGAGAGAGACCAGCUACUAACCAAAUAUACCAACAUCACAGAAGAGAGAGACCAGCUACUAACCAAAUAUACCAACAUCACAAAAGAGAGAGACCAGCUACUAACCAAAUAUACCAACAUCACAGAAGAGAGAGACCAGCUACUAACCAAAUAUACCAACAUCACAGAAGAGAGAGACCAGAGACACCAGCUACUAACCGACAAUAGUAACCUCAAAAAAGAGAGAGACCAGCUACUAACCGACAAUAGUAACCUCAAAAAAGAGAGAGACCAGCUACUAACCGACAAUAGUAACCUUAAAAAAGAGAGAGACCAGCUACUAACCGACAAUAGUAACCUCAAAAAAGAGAGAGACCAGCUACUAACCAAAUAUACCAACAUCACAGAAGAGAGAGACCAGCUACUAACCAAAUAUACCAACAUCACAGAAGAGAGAGACCAGCUACUAACCAAAUAUACCAACAUCACAGAAGAGAGAAACCAGCUACUAACCGACAAUAGUAACCUUAAAAAAGAGAGAGACCAGCUACUAACCGACAAUAGUAACCUCAAAAAAGAGAGAGACCAGCUACUAACCGACAAUAGUAACCUCAAAAAAGAGAGAGACCAGCUACUAACCGACAAUAGUAACCUUAAAAAAGAGAGAGAACAGCUAUUAUUAAAGUCCAAAAACUCGGCAACAGAAAAUGAGAGACUAUUAACCAACAAUAACAACCUUAAUAAACAAAGAGCAGAAAACUACUCAGCAGAAAAAUACAAUGAUGGGGAUUCUAAAAGCAGGCUAAUGGCUGAACUGUUUGUGUUUACAGAUGGAUGGAAAGAAUAUCAAUCCAGUUUGUACUUCACUUCAUCUGAGAAGAAGAGCUGGACUGAGAGCAGAAGAUACUGUAGAGAGAGAGGAGCAGAUCUGAUCAUCAUUAACAACAAAGAGGAACAAGAUUUGUUUAAGACAGUUUCUGGUACAGAAUACAUCUGGAUUGGUCUGACUGACAGUGAUCAGGAGGGCAGAUGGAAAUGGGUUGAUGGCAGCACACUGAGCUAUAGCUUCUGGAGGUCUGGAGAACCCAAUGGUGGAAGAGACGAGAACUGUGUUGAGACUCACUCAUCAGGGUGGAAUGAUUUCUUUUGUAAUAAAGCUUUAAAAUGGAUCUGUGAGAAAAAGCUUUUUUAAAUAAAUUGGUAAAUGAAAUUCAAAUAACGUCAAUCAUUUUUAAACACACAAGAGUCCAUAUCUGAGCAGGCUAAACUUUAAUACUUACUUAUUAGAGUGCUAUUUAUUUCACAGCAAAACGUCUUUUUAACCAUUUCUAUAUUGUCUUGUAAAGCAGUACAGAACACAUUUUUUUAAACAUGUCAGCUACGUGAUACUGUAGCUAGGACUGAAAAAAAAAUUCACACAGUGGGGUUUGUUGUAGUUUGUUUGUUGUACACACAGUGUUACAACUAAGCCUCAAUAUAAUAAUGAAAUUGAAAUUCCAUUCAUCAAAAUGAUAACUGUAAAUACAAUAUCAUGACAGUACAAUAGAAAUGUUUGUGUUGCUUGUGUAAAAGUAUGAUUUAUUUAACUUUAAUAUUUCUUGAAUAAAAAGAACUCUGAUGCUGUUUCCUCUUUCAAGUUUUUUUUUUACAAGACUCGUCAAACUGUAUGCCAUAACCGUGAGUGAAGUUCUUUUAGGGAAGUCUUUAAAGUCAGCAGCCAUGUUUGCAAUGCCUCCAGACAGCUAUUAUAGUCCUACAAUAUAUAGACAGUAUAUACAGCUGUGGAAAUAUUAAGAGACCACUUCAAGAUUAUUUUCAGUUUUUCUAAAUGUACUAUUUAUAGGCAUGUGUUUUAGUAAAAUUAUAAUUUUUGUUUCAUUCUGCCAACUAACAUCAACAUUUUUGCCAAGUUACUAAUAAAAAAUAUUGUUUUUAUUUGCAUUUAUUUACUGAAAAAUUUAAAUGUGGAAAAAAAUGUUAAAAUAAAAUGUGCAGUUUUUGAAUACUGCACAGAAAACAAGUUCAAAUUAUUUUUCAACAACAACACUAAUGUUUUUACAGUAUUUAAGGAAAUGUUAAAAAAUGAAUAUUUUCAUUUUUAAUGAGUCUUGGUAUACUUUCAGUCUUUUACAUUGCUGUUGGGAGAUUUUAUCUCAAUCCUGAGGCUUACUUUUGCUGGAUUUCAACAGACACUGGACUGAAAUGGACGAAAUACAUGAUAAUUAAAGGCAAAACUGAACUGGUCUCAUGUUGUGGCAAAAACUUCCACUUCUAAAAAAAAACACUUCUUUGGA